AUGCAACAGAGGCCAAUCACAGAAGAGCCUUGCUAUGCCGCAGUAUCCUACCGCUGGGGCAUGAACAACGACGGCGACUCGAGACUCACUCGUAGCGUUGAGGUCAACGACAGGCCUUUCUAUGUCACCCAAAACCUGUUCGAAGGCCUGCGGCGGCUUCGAGAACAGUCUGAGAUACGGAUCCUGUGCAUUGACGCAGUGUGCAUCGAUCAGAGCAACAGCGAAGAACAAAGCCAGCAAGUAGCUUCGAUGGCACGCAUAUUCCAGCAGGCAUCCGAAGUCUUACUCUGGCUUGGAGAAGGCGAGACUGAGUCGAUGGAUCGAGCGACUUUCGACAUGUUCAUGCGCAUUGGUCAAGCCGAGGCGCGCACAAAGACUUCUGCCGAUGGAGAUGCUGCUAUUCCGCUGACAUUCCUGCUCUCGGCCUUGCUUCAUGAUGGACAGGAUCUGUGUCCAGAUGAACAAUCGCUCAGCUGUUCUAUCUGCCAUGCUCUCACUUCAUUCGCUAUUCCAAGUACACCGGAGACGACUUCAGGCGAGGAAUGGUUCGUUGAGGCAUGUGCCGCGGUCUUUGACAAAACUCCAAGGCUUUUGUCGUUGGCUAUGCGGAAAGGACAUAUACUGCAUCAACUUGCCUCCAGGCGUUACUGGAGUCGUCGCUGGACAGCUCAGGAGCUAAACAGCAACCAACGUCGGAAGAUGUACUGGGGACCUUGUUCAAUCGAUGCAUCUGGUACGCAAGGGGACAACAUUGUGCGACUAGUCAAGUGCGUCAACCUCGCGCUGGAGCUCAUGCUGCUUCGAACAGACCCUGCCCAGCAAGAGAGGACAAAGUGGCUCCGAGAAGCCUGGCUGUCUUACAAAGGAUUGUAUGAGCGCCUCCGAGACGUACAUCGAAUCGGAAGACUGGGCGAGGACAUCCUCACUGCGCCACCCCGAGACACCCACGAUCUGCUGCAUGCUUUGAGUGCUUGCGCUGGUAUGAACUGUUCCGACCCCCGCGACCGGCUGUACUCCCUGCUCAGCUUCGAUCGCGGCGCAAAGAUCACGCCAGACUACAGUGCUAAGACCACCGAAGUAUACAUACGAUUUGCCCGACAUCUCAUUGAUACUGGGCAUUCGGGCACCCUUCUUCGCAACAUGCUUCGAAACAGUAACCCGUCUGGUGGACAUAUUGAGCUCCCAAGCUCGGUACUAGACCUACGAUCGCCAUUGUUUGACUAG